AUGCGUCUGGAGCACAUGUGGGCUUUUCCAUCUUUUUCCAUACUGUCGUCUCAUACGACUUUCAGGAUCAAGAGAUUCCUGGCCAAGAAAGAAAGGCAUAGUGGGCCCAUUCCCCAGUGGAUUCGAAUGAAAACCGGUGAUAACAUCAGAUACAACUCCAAGAGAGGACAUUGGAGAAGAACCAAGCUGGAUCUGUAA